AUACUCCAUGACAUUACACAAUCGCGCGUUUUUGUCGUUGUCGGCGUUUUUCUUAGUAUGAUUUGAAUAGUGUCGUUUUUUUUCGGUUUAUUUCUACCUGAAGGUUUGUGUUCUUGCGAAAGGAUUAGUUUGCAUUUGGUAAUUAACGGCUCUUUUUCGGAAAAGAAUCUAAGACUAGAAUCAUGGGUUAAUAGGCAGGAUUUCGGAGCAAGUGGAAUAUUUGAUUUUGUUAGGCCGGGUCUUCUGUUUCUUCCAUGCUUUAUUCUUUUUUCGGCUUCCGGUAUAUUUUAUUCGGUAAGCAUGAUGAUAAAUGAUGAGGAGAUGACGGAUUUUCCCACAACGCAAAAUACCCAAAACACACAGAACACCCAGAGCACUCAAAAUGCAAAUGACGUGUGCUUUUCUCAAGAUUAUGGAGAUUCUCCAAUGCAAUCACAACCUUGGGGAAGACUUUGUCCAAACAAACCGAAGUUCCUAACAAUCGAACUAACCGAAGACGAAUACACGUUGGGUAGAGCCAAUACUUGUCAAAUAAAUGUGACAGAAUUUGGAUUAGAAAAAAAAAUCGUCGACUGUAUUAGCAAACAGCAUUUCAAAAUCACAAGAGAAAGGAUCAAAGGAUCGAACAAUAUCGAGGACAUCGUCAUAUACAUUGAAGAUCUCAGCCAAAAUGGGACUUUUGUGAACAAGAACAAAGUUGGAAAAGGGAGGAGAGUCGUUCUAGAAAAUAACGAUGUCAUCUCCGUUGCUCAAGCCAAAUUCGCGGUCUACAUUUUUAUGAACGUCCAAGGGUACGAGGGGCACGAUUUGCCGCCUGAAAUAAAACAGAAGUAUGCAGUCUCUCGUAAACUGGGAUCCGGCGCUUGUGGCGAAGUAAAGCUUGUUUUCACAAAAGUCGGAUGUAAGCGCUUCGCGAUGAAAAUCAUUUCGAAAAAAGGUCUUACUAUGAAUAACACGCAAGGAAUCGACCCGAAGAAGAUAAUGAAUGAGGUGGAAAUCUUGAAAAAGUUGAGACACCCGUGCGUUAUUAGAACGGACGAAAUUUUCAAUACGAUCCACUCGGUUUAUAUCGUUCUUGAGUUGAUGGAAGGAGGUGAACUGUUUGACAGAAUUCGACAAACUCAGUGCGGUUUGUCGGACAAAAAUGCGAAAUUGAUUUUUUAUCAGGUCGCGCUUGCAGUUCAAUAUCUGCACUCCGAGGGAAUCACUCACAGGGAUCUCAAGCCGGAGAACAUUUUGUUGGCCUCCGACAAAGAUGUGACCCUGGUGAAAGUUUCGGACUUUGGCUUGUCGAAGUUUGUUGACGCCGAGACGAUGAUGAAGACGUUCUGCGGUACGAUGAUGUAUGUGGCUCCGGAAAUUUUGCUAACUCACGGACGAGGAGCUUACACGAGCAAAGUGGAUGUUUGGAGUUUGGGUGUGAUUCUUUACACCUGUCUGAGCGCCCUGACACCAUUCAGCAACAGCAACGCCAAAGUCAGUCUUUACGAGCAGAUUACUCAAGGCGCCUACGACUUUCCCUCGGCUAGAUUCGCGAAAGUCGAUACUCGCGCCAAGGAAUUGAUCAAAGGAAUGAUGACCUUAGAUCCGAACAAGAGGGUAACCAUCGACCAGGUAUUGAGGCAUAAGUGGUUGCUGGACCAAACGAUUCGAGGCACCGUUUACGAAUUGUUUAAUUCAUGCGGCGAUCUUCAAAAUUUCGCACCUUAUCUCCAAACGCAAAUAAAUGCAAUGAGACUUCCGCCUCGAGCGCCGUUGCUUCUGGCCAAUAAAAGGCCACGAUUAGAGUUUUUGGACAAAAGAUAAUUCGGCGAGAAGUUGAUUAAGUGUAAAACUGUGUAAAAAUUAUUUAUAUAUUAACUGACGAACGCACAAAUUAAGCCAGAAAUGAAAAAAAAAGAAGAAAAAAAUAGUGUUAGGGAUUAAGUUCCGAGAUUAAGAGCAAAACCGUCUUUUGUCUUGUAAAAUUCUAUAUAUAUAUGUGCCUAUGAAUAGAUGCUCUCUAUGCUUGUUUUUACAUUCUCAUUAUUUUUGUAUUAAAUGUCAUGUAAGAGUUUAUUUUAUACCCUCUAAUAAGAUUAAUAUUUUUGAAAAGAUUAAUUUAUUUUACCUUUUGGAAGAAGGCUGUUGACAGAGAAAGAGGAUUUUGUAAAUAAUUUAAGAUCGUAUUUAAUAUUAAAUUAAAUUUCAGUAAU